AUGAAUGAGAGAGCGGAGAGUGAGAGAGAGAAAGCCGAGACUUUAGGUGAGCCGGUAGAGGCAGGUGGGGACAAGGUGCAGGAGUGGCUGAGUGGCAAGUGGGGAGAAGGAAGCGUAGUGAAGGGAAGGGGGGAAAAGAAAGGGGAAGACAAGAGCGGAGCGGAGAAAGGAAGAAGAGGCAGACCGACUAAGGCGGUGAGCCUGGGUCGAGAGAGAAGGGACAGCAGUGCGAGUAUUGUUUCGCAUUUAUCGAAAUGCAAUAGAGGAAGUGACUCCGAUUCGGACCAGGAGGAAAAGGAAAAGAAAAAGCAGAGGGUAAAGAUUGAGAAGGUGAACGUGGAUUUUAAAGAAGAGCGAAAAGAAAAGACAGAAGGGAGAAUGGAGAAAAUGGUAGAGAUUAUGAGAAGAUUGUUGGAUGAAACGAAACGAGAAAUUAUGGAAAAAAUAGAACAAACAGGGGAGGAAAUAAGGAGAGGAAAAAAGGAAAUGAAGGAAGAGAUUGAAAAAAUAUGA